AUGACAACAUUGAAGGUUCUUGUAUACUAUGAUGGAGUAUGGGAUGAAAAUCUAAACUACUCAAAUUAUAAGAUCAAGGGUAUUUUAGUUAAAGACGAUGCGGAAUUUGAAACUCUAAAAGCAUUGAUUUUCAGUAUACUUAAGGUUAAAUUUGGGGAAACUGAAAUACACAUCAAGUAUCAGUUGGAACCAAAUCAGCAAGUUGUGGACAUUGAUGAUAAUGAAAGCCUUCAAUUUUAUAUUGAGAUUAAAAGAGAGGAUGCUAGAAUUACACGUUUUCCACUGUGCAUCACAACUACAGGGUAUGAGAUUCAGAAUGUCAUUGAAAUGGACACUGAAACAGUUGAAGAUACGAAUGAAGACAUACAUGAGGCGUCAUAUCCCAGUCCUACAUCAAUGGAUAUUGUUACAUAUGCUGAAAUGAUAUUCAAGCAGACGGAACAUGACGAAGCAGAACGACAGACAAUCGAGGACGGGGAGAAUGAAAUUGUAUCGUCACAAAGUGUCAAAGAAGUCUUUAAAGGGCAGAUAUUCAAGGAUAAAAAGACAAUGAAAUUAUGUAUGUGUUUUUACGCAAUUGAAAAAAAAUUUCAGUUUGCUGUAAGUAAAUCGUGGAAGCUCGAAUACGUGAUUCAUUGCCUCUAUGAUCAAUGCAACUGGAAUUUAAGGGCUUCGAAAGACGGAAAGACAAGCAUGUUUAUUAUAAGAAGAAUGGACGAUAUUCACACAUGUCCCCCGGAAUUCAGAAUGGAAGAACAACGAGAUUUUGGAGUUGUUUUGAAUUACAACAAGGCUUGGAGAUCCAGAGGAAAAGCACUUGAGUUAAUUAGAGGUAAACCAAGAGAUUCAGAUUCAGUUUUGCCUAAUUUUUUGAAUAUGCUUGUGAAAACAAACCCAGGAUCAGUUGUAGAUCUACAAACAGCAGAAGGGAAUAAAUUUAAAUAUGUUUUUAUGGCUUUGGAUGCAUCCAUAAAGGGCUGGAAUUUUUGUAGACCGGUUAUUGUAGUGGAUGGAACUUUUUUAAAAUCAAACUAUGGAGGAACACUACUAACUGCAUCUACACAAGACGGUGGGGGUAAGAUAUUUCCACUUGCAUUUUGUGUGGUCGAUUCUGAAAAUGAUGAGUCUUGGCAUUACUUUUUUGAGAAAAUAAAAGGAGCUUUUAGAGAAAAGGAGAAGUUAUGUAUUGUAUCUGAUAGACAUGAUAGCAUUAAAAAGGCUGCAAAUUCAGUAUUUCCUCUUGCUAGUCAUGGUAUUUGCGCGUAUCAUCUCUUGUGUAACGUCAAAAAACAAUUUAAAGUUAAUCCUAAAAAUCCAAAGAGUUUGAAGGACUGUUUUUUUGGGGCUGCGAAGGCGUACACGAAAAAAAGUUUUGAUUACUUUAUGGCAGAACUAGAUAGUAUCAACGUAGCAAUACGACCAUACCUUGUUGGUGUUGGGUUAGAAAAAUGGGCAAGAGCAUAUUGA